AAUACUGCUUUCAUUUGUCCACCCUCUCUCCCCUUUGCUUCCUAGUUAUUGAAAUUGUUCUGUGAAUCUUUAGUAAUAAAAGAAGUAAAAAAAAAAAAAAAAUGCUGGCUUUCGUUUCUAGUUCCUUCCUUUCUUUCUUGGCCCUCCCUCUUGUUGCUUAUUGAUUUCAUCACUUCAAUUAUUUGUGAAUCUGAAUUCACUCAGUUUCAGAGCACGCACCAGAAGAACAAAAAAGAAUCGUCCUUUCUUCGAGUCCUUGUCUUUUCAGUAUUCCUUCGUUCAAUCCAUUUGCUAUCCUUCUUAGUCAUCAUCAAAAGCAAAACAGAGUAGACAAAUGGUAGAAAUAUGUAUUUCAGUUGUGGCAAAAUUAGCAGAGUACACAGUCGCUCCUGUUCUGCGACCGCUUGGUUAUCUGAUUAACUACAAGAGCAAUGUUGAAGAUCUCACCGAGAAGGUUAGAACUUUGACCGCCAGAAGAGAUGGGGUACAAGGACUUGUAGAUGCAGCGAAGAGGAACUUGGAGGGUAUUCGUCCCGAAGUUGAGCUCUGGUUGGAGCGAGUAGACCAAACCAUUCAAGAAAAGGAGACAUGUUUUGAGGAAGGAAGAGUAGCCGAGGCAACAACAUGCUGCAGCUCCAAUGGGUGGUGUCCAAAUCUGAAGGUCUGUCAUUCCUUGAGUAGGAAAGCAAAGAAGAUGGCUCCAAGGGUUGAUGACCUCCUUACAGAUGGAAAUUUCACUGCAAUAUCAUGUCCUGCUCCUCCGCGGAAGAUUGAUUAUCCAGCCAUACCAUAUUUUGAUGAUUCCACUGAGGCACCGGCGAAGCCACAUGAAGGGGCCAGCUCCUCCUCAGGAACAUCCCAUCCUGCUAAACCACCUGCACCUAUGGAUCUCUCUGAGCGUCUGCAAUAUAGGUUGCCUUAUACAAAGGAUCUCUUGACGGCUCUGCAAGAUGACAAGAUCAGCAUGAUCGGCAUUUCUGGGACAAUCAGAGUGAUAGAUACAGUAACAACUAAAGAGUUCAUGAAAAGAAUGAAACAGAAAAAGCUCUUUAAAGAGGUUGCGAUGGCAGUUGUGUCCCAGGGUCCAGACUUGAAACGAAUACAAGGUGAAAUUGCAGAAAUGCUCGACCUGAAAUUGGAGAAUGGGAGUUUGGUUGAACGGGCAGAGAGGCUACGUGCUGUUUUACAGGCAUCCGAUUCUAAGAGGAUUCUUGUAAUACUGACUGAUAUCGGUGAAAUACCUGAUUUGGAAGCAAUUGGAAUUUCUCGUGUUGAUAUCAAGAAAAGCUGCAAGAUCAUGUUGAUUUCACAACUAUCAAAUGUGUUUGGUGAAAUGGGGACUCAGAGCAAUUUCAAAUUGUUAUCACAAUCCACUCACAGAGCAAGACCUGUUGAGUUUGAAUCAAGAAUUUCAGUCAUCAGAGAUGUAAUGGAUGCUCUGACAGAUGAUGAAUCCAACCCCAUUGUAAUCUGUGGCAUGGGGGGAAUUGGCAAAACAACCUUGGUGAUGGAAAUUGCUGCAAAAGCGAGUGAAGUAGAUCUAUUUGAUGAUGUUGCAAUUGCAGAGUUUACUCAAGAACCCGACUUGAUCAAAAUCCAAGGUAAAAUUGCUAAUGCUCUAGGUCUGGAACUUAAAGCAGAGGAUGAUAGAGCAGCCAAGUUACGAGAAAGAUUAUCAAUGGGUAUCAAAAAGGUCCUUGUAAUAUUGGACAAUGUUUGGGGACAACUAGAUCUGUGGGAACUAGGAAUUCCAAAAAGUUGCAAACUUCUGGUAUCAUCACGGAAUCAAGAUAUCUUUAAAGAGAUGAAAACCAAAAAGAACUUCCUCAUUGGUAGUUUGCUAAAACAUGAUGCCUGGAGUUUGUUUAAGAAGGUAGCAGGAUGUUCCAUUGAAUCCGAUUCCGAGCUGCGUCCUAUAGCAGAGCAGGUUCUGGAUGAAUGUGAUGGCUUACCGGUUGCAAUUUCUACUGUUGGAAGGGCACUACAAGAUGAAAAAAUUCCAGUAUGGAGAAAUGCACUUAGACAGCUAAGAAUGGCUUGCCCAAAAGAUGUUCCAGGAGUUAUAGAGCGUGUGUACGGAAAAAUAGAGUUCAGUUAUGAAUGUCUACCAAGCGAGGAAGCCAAAUCAUGUUUUUUGCUGUGUUGCAUAUUUCCAGAAAGUACAGAGUUUCCAAUUGAAUUCUUGGUUAUGUUUGCGAUUGGGCUUGGACUUUUUAAAGACAUUGAUUCAAUAUCUGGAGCAAGGGAUUACGUAAUAACAGUGGUUGAAACACUCAAAUGUCGUUCUUUGUUGUUAGACGGCGAUGAGAAGGAUGGUUUUAGAAUGCAUGAUGUGGUGCGUGACGUAGCCGUGUAUAUUAAAGAAACAGAGAAUGGUUUUGUAUUAUCUGUAUAUUCAAUCAACGAAUGGCUCUGCCAAUAUAUACAAGAGUUACAAUAA